AGGGAACUGCUUGAUGAAUUUACUGAUAGGUGGAACUGUCGUAUGGGGUGAAUGAAAUUUUCGCGAUCGGGUAGGUGCAUCAUCCAAUCUAAAUGUGUCGAUAUCAUCGAUGGUUGUGUCAAGUUCUGAGACCGGCAGGAACCUCAUGACCCUGACGAAUCUAAUUGGAAACUUUCGCGGACGAGAGAUUGACAAGGAAUCCCAGUUGCGUAAUGGAAAUGCUGUUACGAUGCCCUUCCAGCCAACGGUAGACAUGAAUGGUGGAGAUCCUUUGGAUUCGUUAGAUACGCCACGAAACUCUGCGAAAGCAAUACUGAUAUGUCGCCCAAAUUCCCACCCAUUUUCGGAACGUACACUGCUCCUUGAUCAAAGUGUCAAAAUUGGAAGGUCUGUGGCAAAAGCUAGAGCUGCGUCCAAUAAUGCCAUCUUCGACUGCAAAGUUCUCUCUCGGAAUCAUGCCUUGAUGUGGUAUGAGAACGGGAAGUUCUACCUCAAAGAUGUCAAAAGCAGCAAUGGAACUUUUGUGAAUAAUCAACGCCUCAGCAAAGGGUCUGAGGAAUCCGCGCCGCGGGAGAUAUGUUCUGGUGACAUUGUUCAGUUCGGUGUCGAUGUCGUGGAAAAUACGAAGAGAGUAACUCAUGGGUGCAUCAUAGCAACUGUUAAGCUGUUCCUACCUGAUGGAAAAGAAGCAAAAGCAAGUUUGCUUUCAACUGCUGUUGUGUCCGCUUUCACUGGAUCUGUAUCUGUUCAGGAUAUGCAUCAGCUGCACCAUUGCAUUCAGGAGGCUCUUCGCCGGGAGGAACAGCUUCAGAAAAAAUUGGUUUUCCUGGAAAAUCUUCUUUCCCGUACUAGUGCAUCCACGCACCUCAAUUGGAAGGCCUUGAUUGAUGAGGACAGACUGUUGACUCGUGUUGAAGUUCUGGAGAGCCUUCUUCAAGUUUACUCGAAGAACUUCACCGAGGAUAAGCUGCGAGAUGAACUGAAGAAAUGUUAUGAGGAUAAGGAAACUUAUCAGACCACGGCGAAAGAAACUUUGUGUAACGUCUUGCACGAAAAGGCGGAAUUAAUGGCGAAGUUGAAAGAAACUGAGAGAUUGGCCUCUUCACACAGCGAGGACCUCGGUUAUUUCAAAGAUCUUAUCUCGCAACGUGAUCUGGAAAUGGAAGCCUUAACUCAAUCGUAUGAAAAAGAAGUUCAAGCCAAGCUGGAAAUGGAAGCUCGGCUGAAGGAGAUUGAAGGUCAAGACGUUAAUACCAUUGAUAAAUGUGCUGUUGACAUAAACGGUCGAAGUUCUCUGUUGGACGAAGACUUGAAAUCAACAACCACGGAAGAAUCCCCUUCGUGUCAAAGUGAUAGCGUUUACAAAGGAUUGACGUCGUCCUCGCUGACAAAUUCGACGAGCAGUUUGGAUUCGAGUGGAACAAUGAGCGCCUCAGAUCUUUCUGUCAAUGGCUAUAGGGAAACGGAAUCCGUGGGAACUCAAGUUGAUCAAUUUAUUGAUUCGAUCACGGAGUCCAUGGAUUCAGAUCUGAAGGCUGCGUUACGGCAAAACGAAGAAUCCGUGAUGGAGCUGAAAGAGCAUGAGAAUUCAGCUCUGACGAAUCUUCUGAAAGAAGCGAAGGAUGAAGUUGCGAUGCUGAAAGAUAAACCAGUGACUGUAGAGAACGUUACCUCGAUAGACAAGGCACUUCCUGCCUCUGACGAUGCCUUCGCAGAACUCAAAAAGUUAUUGGCGAGAUCUCGCGAAGAAAAAAAAGAGUUGGAGGAAGAAAAGGACGUUUUGAAAGUGCAGUUAACGGAAGAGUUGAUGAAACGGGAGAAGAUGCAAAGCGAUCUUGCUGAUCUUGAAAUGAAAUUCAAAGCUACGGACAUAGACCGUCGUUGUCUUGAAGAAACCGUAAAUGAGAUUCGAAGGGAUUUGAAUCGAGUGACGGAAGCAUUGGAGGAAUCGGAGAAGGAAGCCGAUGAAUUCAAAUUGCGGUAUGAAGCGCAGUCGGAAACAGCGGAACGUCUUCGUCUUGAGCUUACGCGAAGUGUUUCGUUUCCUAUUGCGCAACGUUCGUUCAACGAUGGAGCAGUUCUUGAGCUUCCCGGAAUGCCUGUGCAAUCACUUUGUGCGACGCAAGAUUCCAGUCGAGCAGAGAUCAAAGCAUUUUCUCUAUCCAUGUUCGAAAAUAGUGCGGAUUUGAGUGAUCUUCCCUCUUUUGAAAGUUUGAGUGAUGAGGUGCAAGCGUACAAAGUAAAACUGAUGCGCGCGAAAGAAAGUUUCGUGGAAUAUCAGCGUAUGGCUGUAAACUUGAAACGGGAUAAUGAAGAUUUACGUCGGAAGCUUGAUAAGCUGAAGACCCAGUCCGAAUUCGUCAGCAUGUCGUACAAAGCAGUCGUUGUACUUCUUUGCGGCUUCUUUCUCGGGAUGGCUAUUGAGUCGAUGUAUAACUCUGUUGGAGGGUUUAUCGUCAUCCCCGUUCUCAUGGUGGUGAUCAGCGUGGUGGCUGCCCUGUACCCAACAGUUUCUCUUUUGACUGGAACCUGGGAUUCCGACGGCCCUCAGCAGGGAAACUGACGCGUGCGGUAUGGUUGACCUGUUGUGCAUGGUUGGAGGAGAGCUUUCCUCGUGUGAAGUGGUGCAACCGACGUUCUACGUUGUUCAACGUUAUUUUUGUUCGCAAGAAAAGUUGAAUAUUCCUCAAAUCGCAGAGUUCACGCGGAUGCUCUACGGGUUUGGCACGCGUUUUGCGGUCCCACAGUGCAGUGUUAUGAGAGUAAAAUGGAGUGAACGUAUGAAAUACGUUUGGGUUCUAACAGUUAUCGCGUCCCGAUGGAAAUCAUGCAGAAUCUACUUUUCUCUGCGAGGUUGUUUUUUUUUUUCAUGGGGU